AUGUUUAGCGAGCCACCGUUAUCUUCAGUUCCUUGUUCAAUCCCACCUGUUUUGUCCACGCCGACAUCCCCUAUAUCAUCAGCAUCUGCGUCGCCAUUAUCAUCAGCGUGUCAUUCACGUACAUCUACAAUAACUUCGAAUAGUUAUCAAAAACCAGAUAUCUUACCAUGUCUACAAUCAAAUUCAAUACAAAAUUCUUCUCAACAUCGACAGAUGAAAAUUGGUAAAUAUUUUCUUGAGAAAACAAUUGGAAAAGGAAAUUUUGCUGUUGUUAAAUUGGCUACACAUUGUGAUACACAUCAAAAAGUAGCGAUUAAAAUUAUUGAUAAAUCACGUUUAGAUCCAACAGAUCAUAAAAAACUAGAACGUGAAAUAGCUGUUAUGAAAUCAUUAAUACAUCCAUAUAUUAUUCGACUUUAUGAAGUUAUGGAAUCAAAAAACCUUAUUUACUUAGUUACAGAAUAUGCAGCUAAUGGUGAACUGUUAGAUUUACUAAUUCGUGAAAAACGUUUAAGUGAACCAAAAGCAAAAGAAAAAUUUCAUCAACUUGUUUUAGCUGUUGAAUAUAUUCAUUCAAAAAAUAUUGUUCAUCGCGAUUUAAAAGCUGAAAAUUUAUUAUUGGAUAGUCGUGGUAAUAUAAAAGUAGCAGAUUUUGGUUUUGCUAAUAUAUUUCAACCAAAUUCGAAAUUACAAACAUUCUGUGGUUCACCACCUUAUGCUGCUCCUGAACUCUAUCAAUGUCUUCCAUAUUCACCUGAAAAAGUUGAUGUUUGGUCUCUUGGUAUUCUAUUAUAUGUAUUUGUUUGUGGUCAUUUACCAUUUGAUAGUAAUAAUCUUGCUGAACUACGAAAACGUGUUCUUUCAGGACAUUUUCGUUUACCGUUUUAUAUCAGUUCAGAUUGCAGUUCAUUAAUAAGUCAUAUGUUAAAUGUUGAUCCAAAUCAACGUUAUACAAUUAAUGAUAUAAAAAAACAUCGAUGGUUUGUGUUAAAUGAUACAGAUGUAUCUGAUGUAACAUCCCAAACACAAUCAACGGUAAAUUGUCAAUUAACAAAUGCUAUACUUGAUCAUGCUGAAUCACUUGGUUAUAAUCGUACACAAAUAUUAAACUCUGUUAAUGGAAAUUCCUAUGAUAGUGAUGCUGCUAUAUGGCAUUUAUUAUUAGAAAAAUUUCAACAGACAUGUCACAUUGACAAUACACACAUUCCAAUUGAAACAGUACUUGAUGAUGAUGUAAAUAAUUCCGAUCUAACAAGACGUUCAACUGCACCAAUCAUAUUUGAUGAAAAUAAUACUGAAUUAGUUUAUUCAGUUCCUAAUACAGCUGAAUCAAUACGUCCACAAUUAGAUCCAUGUGAUCUUCAGCGUAUAUCACAACAAGAUAUUUAUCAUAGACCAGAACCUCAAAUUCGUACUGAUUAUCUCAAUAGUUACGAUGAUGAUGAUGAUGAUGUUGAUGAUGAUGAAGACGAAGAUACAUCAGCACAAUUACGUGAACGAUAUGCUCGUACGCAUGGUUUACGACGACAUACAAUUGGUCGACCUGAUUUACUUAUCCAUGGUGGUCCAAUUCCAGCACUUGCUUCAAAAGUACGAUUUGCUCAUCAUCCAUCAAAUAUUGACCCAUCCCUUUUAAUGAGUCGUUUUGCUGCUCUUGAACGAGAACAAAAACAAUUACAACAACAACAACAACCAUAUGAACCAUUUGUAACAAUUGAUGAUGUUGAUGGAUGUUGUUCACAAUCAUCACCUUCAAUUUAUCAUCAAAAUGAGGCAAAUCCUAUGGGUUACAGCGGUCUAUCUGUUCAUGCUCCUAUGAUCAAUUCGACAUUAGAUGUACGUGAUCAUCAGCAACAGAAUCAUCAUUGGCUUUCACCGCCUAUUUCUAAUAAUUUUCAAAUGAAUCGACGAGCUAGUGACAGUGGUGCUCAUCUUCUUCAAUUUCAACAACAAUAUGGUGUAACCGGUUCAAAUAUGUUUAAUUCUGCGCGUCCAACGCCUAUACAAUCUCCUCUAUCAAAUCGAUCAUCUCGGGGAAGUAUAACACGUGGUUCACCAAUAACUCCGCCAACAUUUUGUAUAACUUCACAUGAAAAUGAAGAAGAUUUAGAUGAAGAAAAAAAAGGUCAUGAUGAUGAUGAUGAUAGUGAAACUCUUGCACGAUAUCUUAAUCGUGGUAAACGUCAUACCGUAUGUGAACAGGGUUUAAUUCUUGGCGGUAAAGCUCGACGCGGUAAUCGUGAAUCCAUCAAAGAACGUAGUUUAUCAUCACGUCGUGCAAGUGAUACAAGUUCGCAUUUUAUUAAUAGUAAUACACGAGCACAUUUUGAACGUUUAUAUAAUAAUGCUGUUAAUUUAAAAUCAAGUGAAGAUGAUUUAGCAGCAUCAAGUUUACAAGAAUUACAAAAACUUCAAAGACAAGUUCAAAAAUAUCCAACAAAUACAUCAGAAUCAUCUAUGAUUCGACGACCUACUGCUAUUCCAUCACCUACAAAUUCACCCGUUCUUCAUAUGAUUCGAGAAGAACAUCAACAAAAUCCAUUAUUAUCAUCGAAUUAUCAACCUUCAAAUCGAAAUAAAUCAUCAUCGUCAUCAUCAUCAUCCGAAGCAUCAGCAGUUAAUGAUGAUGACGAAAAUGAAAUGGAUUGUGAUGUUGUACAUCAUCAUCAUCAUCAUCAUCUUCCAGAACAAAAAUUAUUUCGUCCAUCUCAUUAUCAUCCACCAUCACCAUCAUUUUAUUGUAAUACUAGUCCUAUACUUGCUCAACAUUUACGUAUCCCGACGACGACUUCUUCUUAUAUGCCCUGA